CGGAGUGCGAAGAUGCAAGCCACGAUGACAACAACGCGACGACUCGGCCUUCUCGGCCUGCUGGUGGUUCUGGGUGGUUGCCUACUUGCCCAGGCCAAACCGCAUGGUUGGAGCAGCGGCGGCGGUGGUAAUGGUGGUUGGUCCUCUGGCGGUGGCGGUGGCAGCAAGGUCAUCAUCAGUGCCUGGCCUUCUGGCGGCGGGGGAGGUGGUUGGUCCUCCGGUGGCGGAUCCUCAGGAUGGAAGAGCGGCGGCGGCGGAGGAGGAGGUUGGCCAUCGGGCGGCGGUGGUGGUGGCUGGAAGAGCGGCGGCGGAGGAGGAUGGUCAUCCGGUGGAUCCUCCGGCUGGCCCAGUUCCGGCGGCUCCGGUUGGAAGUCCGGCGGCAGCUCGGGACUUUCCAGUGCCCUUUCCAGUCUCUCUGGCUGGAAGUCGCAGGCCUUGAGUAGCUUGUCCAGCGGUUGGAAGAGCGGCGGCGGAGGAGGCGGUGGCUGGUCAUCGGGAGGCGGCGGCGGCGGCUGGAAGAGCGGCGGCGGAGGAGGAUGGUCCUCCGGAGGAUCCUCCGGCUGGCCAAGCAAAAUCAGCAGCGACUGGUCCUCCGGCGGCGGUGGAAGUGGCGGUUGGUCAUCCGGCGGCGGCGGCGGCGGCUGGAGCUGGUAACGAACUGGAUUCCUGGACACGAGACGACACCCAUCUGAGGCUAAACGGCGACGAGGCGACACCAGAUUUCACUGAUCAACUUGUAUAUAACAUUUCUCUGCCCUACACUUAAACAACCUUUUUUUUUGUCUAUCUAAAUACGUGAAUAAAUCUUUCGAGAAAGUAA